UCUACGCGUUCUACAUCUUGCGUGUACACUUCCCUCGAUAUCGGCUCGUCCGCGUUUCUACUUUUAACAGCGCCGAGAAUCGUCGACGAUUUUUGCCAAGAUCAAGAUUUUAACCCUUUUUCAAACUUUAGAAAUUCCACGUAUAUAUAUAUUUUUUUAAUUCCUCGAUACAUCUUUACAUUCUCAUUAUUUGUUCAAAUAUAUAUGGAAUGGAUAUUUCUAAUUUUAGUAAAAAAAUAUGUAAUUUAUCGCAUAAAAUUAAAAUUUCAUUAUGCUAUAAUAAUUGUUUCUUUAAUCUAAUAAAAGUACGUAAUUGUAUCGUAUCAUGAUAGAUAAAUUAUCGUUGCAAUUACAAAGAAUCGGGGGAUAAACACUUACGAGAGCUAAAUCGAUAAUUCUUAUCUUUCAAAGAAUCUCUUUUGCUCUUACUCGCGAAACGAGUUUUAUUAUCUAUUUUCCAAAAAAAAAAAGAAAAAAAAAGAAGAAGAAAGAAACAUUUCCAAUUCCCAAUAACACGCGUUUUUUUCGUUUCCUUUGCUCGCGAUUGGAAAAUAAAAAAAAGAAAAGAAAAAAAAUACGGCGAUAAUAACCGAGUAAUACCGUGUCAUUAUCUUAUGCGCUGUUCGCUUUCUCGUUCCCCGACCGUAAUAACGCGUAUUGGGAGGGUGGCGCGGUGAGGUGGGUGAGCGCGAAUGAAUGAUGCAUGAGCCGAGGGGGAGGGGCGUGGGCGGCGAAGAAACGCGGCGAAAAAUGGAUAAAGCGGCGCCGCGGAAUUUAACGCGCGAUCGUCAUUACGAACGAGGGCCGAAUCCAGUCACGUGGCCAUCGCCGAUUCCGAUAAUUCGCCUCGCUUCCGCUCUCGCGCGCAGCAACUCUGUAAUAUUCCAUCCACGUAGAUCUACGUGGACGUAAGCUGUAAACAAGCUGCUCGCAGAAGAUGCCACGCAAGCGACGCGCCUCGACGCCGACGUUGGAAGCGGACGAAGACGAAUUCGCAUCCGAGGGGAAGUACAGCAAGGAUGAUUUGGAGAGCCGUGCGCCGAGGAACGCGGCUAACGCUAGGGAACGGGCUCGAAUGAGGGUGCUAAGCAAGGCGUUUUGCAGAUUAAAAACGACUUUACCUUGGGUACCGGCCGACACGAAACUCAGCAAAUUGGACACCCUCCGCCUGGCGGCUACGUACAUCGCUCAUCUUCGAGCGGUUCUCAGAGACGACACGGACGCGCAUUCCGAGACCAGAUCUUUGUCUUUGGCUCUAUCAUGGCCGUUUACUUUUCAAAGUGGUAACUCUUCCAUGUUGAUGAACAACAGUUGUAACGUAUCAUCGUCAACUUCAUCGAGUCCUAAUCAGUACCGUGGUCAGCAGGGAGCACACGAGAUCCAGAAUUUCCAUCAUUCUGGACAUCAUCAAGCCAUGUCACUACGUCAUAAUCACGAGUCGCUUUCCUAUUUCUAAUAAAGCUUUUUUAUCGAAGGGAUAUACGAGAAAAGAACAUUCUGUUCGUGAACAAAAAAAAAGAAAAAAAUUUCUUCACUUGCAACAGCGUUAUUAUAUAAAAUCGUGAAAAUGAAAAUUUAUAUUUAUUUCAGAGUGCCUUAUCUAUCUUUUUAAUAUUUAUUGAUCUAUAUUCAUUUUAAGGACAUUUAUUGUAAUAUCUUUAGAUUAGAUCACAUUAUUGUAACCAAAGCGUAAAUACUAGUCCAAUAAAAUAUUUCUAUACAGUUAUAAACUGCAA